AUGAAAGGCAGAGGAGGGUCCAGCAUUGCUGAUGUCACCAGCAGGUCAGACAAUAAACAGAAGGGGUUAUACUAUACUUGAAAGACACCUGAACUCUGAAGCUGAGUAGAUCUCUUGCUUUUCCAGUGAUCAAACAAAAGCAGCAGAAGAUUCUUGGCAAGGAUCCCCAAAGAAUCAAGAUCUGAUCCAGUCCAGAAUGAGCCUGUUCAGUUCCAUACUGCUGCUCCUGUUUCUCUUCAAAGCUCAUUUCGGAGAACCUGCAGACAGCUUUUCUGUUCUUAAAGACACCUGGCAUGAAGAUGAACUUGCCAAAAACUUUGUCAGCCCAAUCCAAUGGGCUAAUGCCAUCCCAUGUCCUGAAAGGCAGUCUAACUCUAAGGCAGCAAGUCUGCAAUCCACACCAUCACUUCUGUGCAAGCGGCAGGAGCACCAAAUUCAAUCAUGGCAAGGGAUGCAUCCAGUGAGGAGCAGAGUGAUCUCCAUCCCUCAAGAGGCUGUGCUGGUGGAACGGGAGAAGGACCUCUCUACCUAUAACUGGAAUUCAUUUGGCUUAAGAUAUGGCAAGAGGCAAGCAGUAAAAGCCAAAAUGCAAAUGUGAAGACAUGGAAGAACUCUGCUGAAGUAU